AUGUUGAAUGGUGCUCAGGUCUCUUCUAUGGCAAAUUCUGCAGGUAUUAAUACUGCAUUUGUUACCAUUAAUUCCAAAAAUGAAUGGAUUAUUGAUACAGGAGCCACCAAUCAUAUGGUGGUUGAUCCUGCUUUGCUUAAAAAUUCUAUAACUCUAGAACCAAGUAACUCUAGAAAGAUGCUCUUACCUACUGGUGAUAUUGCUUUCGUAACCCAAAUUGGAUCAAGCAUUCUUAUGGAAGGUCAUACUAUUUACAAUGUUCUACAUAUUCCAAAGUUCAAGUUUAAUCUUCUUUCAGUCUCACAGGAUCUUUACAAUGGGAAGGUGAAAGCGAUUGGUAGAUAUAAAGAUGACUUAUACUUACUACCUCCAGUCUCUUCAAGAGCUAAUCAAGAUAAAGAAUUUUGUUCUCUGGUUUCAAAUAACUCUACUGCUGCUAAAAUUGAUUCUACUGAGCUUAAUUUGUGGCAUAACAGAGAUGUUGAAUUUAGGGAAAAUAUAUUUCCCUUUCAAAUAAUCAAGAAGGAUCAACAGUCUCCAUUUCUUGAUGUAUUUAGUGAUGCAUUGGUAGAUUCAUCUAAGAGCACACAACACAGUAGGCACUAUUCUUAUGAUAAACAUGUACCAUCUACAUCAGUUCAUACACCAUCUACAUCAGUUCAUACACCAUCUACAUCAGUCAAUCAACCAGAUUUACCUUCACUUCCUAUGACUAUUGUAUCUCGGACUCAACCUCUAUCUAAUAUAUCAGCACCACUCUCAACUGAAGUAGAACCAUCAUCUUAUAAUGAAGCAACUCUUGAUCCUUGGUGGGUAAGUGGAAUGAAAGCAGAGAUAGAUGCUUUGGAAAGUAACAAUACCUGGAAAGUUGUCUCACUGCCUGAAGGGAAGAAGACUAUAGGCUGCAAAUACUGGCACAUCCAUCAAAUGGAUAUGUACAAUGCAUUUCUUCAAAGUGACUUAUAUAAUGAAAUAUGCAUGGAACUGCCCCAAGGAUUUAAAAAUCAGGGGGAGAAAAGACAGUCUUCAGCUAAUUCAAUACUAAGUCAAGAUUUCAAGAUGAAAGACUUGAGGAAGCUAAGAUUCUUUCUUGGUAUAGAAUUUGCAAGAUCAAGUUUAGGAAUAUUAAUGCAUCAGAGAAAGUAUGUUCUUGAGUUAAUAUCAGAAACAGGAUUGAGUGCUGCGAGACCUAUAUCUACACCAUUGGAGACAAAUUUCAAGUUAACCACUAUAGAAGUAGAUAACUAUGUGAAUGGAACAAGCAAGAAUAUCACUGAUCCUGAAGUAGAUGUAGCAAAAUAUCAAAGGAUUGUGGGAAAGCUCCUCUACUUGACUAUAACCAGACCUGAUAUAGCUUACAGUGCACAAACUCUCAGUCAAUUUCUUCAUCAGCCUAAGAAGUCUCACUAUGAAGCAGCAAUGAGAAUAAUAAGAUAUGUAAAGAAACAACCAGGACAAGGUAUUCUGCUCUCAAGUAACAGCAAGGAACAAAUAUCAGCUUAUUGUGAUGCUGACUGGGCAGCAUAUCCAAACUCUAGAAAGUCUAUAAUAGGUUUCCUACUUAAACUCGGUGAUUCAUUGAUCUCUUAG